AUGGAUCUGCUGAAGAGAGCGCUUAGGGAGCCCGAUGCAUGUGAAAUGGGCCCAGACGAAAUAACAAUCGGUGGGAAGAAGGUUUCUCCCAAGAAGACUAUUAAAUUUAAGGGAACAGAGACAAAGGAAUAUACGUUUGAGCAAGUUCUGUUCUAUUUGCUGAACAAAGAUAAAAAGUACACUGUAUAUAUGACACUGUGUAGGGAAAGCGGAAUAGGAAAGAUAUAUUAUACAGACCAGAAGAUUAUUGUGGAAGAGAUAGAAAACUUCAAGGAGACGACUGCUCAGGCGAAGAUUGAUGGACCGGAUUUCAGAUACAUCGGAUUUCGAGACUACAAUUAUCUGAGUGAUCUUUGCAAGAAAGAAGGCGAAAAUAGGCCAACGGUCUACUAUGUCAUAGUUCCUCAGUCUGUUUCUUCUCCUGUAAACCUGAGUAAUAUCGAAGAAUUUUUUGAAGAGGGUAGAUGUGCCGAUGGGAUCAAGAUUAGUGAGGUUGAGAAGGUGGAGCUAAGCAUUGAUGGGCACAAGCUUACUGCAGUGGAUGACGUGGCAAGAUUCACGUCUGAGGACUGGAAAAGAGUUGUGUGUAUAUUUCUUGAUGGAACCAAGUGGCAGGUGAGUAGAUGGAACAUAAAAGACGUAGGAGAAAUAUUCAACACCAUACCAACAUUCUACUUUUUCAGGAGGGGUACUCCGGGCAGUCUUUACAUGAAGAACUACAAUGCUGCUGGUGUUGAAAUUCAUGAUGGGAGAGUGGACAGGUCCAGUCUCGGCUCAAUAAGAGAGAGAAUUAGAGAUUGUAUUCUAGGGAUGUGA